UGUCUGAGUCUGAUGAAGCCGCUUUCCUUUUUGCUUUGAAGAGUUUAGUUUUGUUUUGUUUUCUUUGCUGCCUUCUUCUUUGUCUUCUCCAAACACAUUCACAUAUUUCGCAUAUUAAAGUUUGAAACUUCUGAUCUGAGAAUGCACCGAUUUACGUCAACCUUAAAUUAAGCUUCCAAUUAGGAAUUGAAGAGCCAAUUCUCUCAAAUCAGAGGGAGGGAGAGCAUCUUUGUACUAGUUCUGCAUCCACUUUCAGAUGGGUGUUGUGAGGGGGGUAAUAUUGGAUGAAUCAGUACUCUUGGCUGAAAGUGAUGUUGAUCAAACUGCAUCUAUUCUACGACCAGGGGCUGAGUCUCUCACCCGGAUACUCUUCCUGUCCAAAAUCAAUAGCGGAAUUGCUUAUGGCUCGGGUCUUAUGGACGACAAGGUGAAUAUUCUUAAAAGAACUGCUGAUCUGUACUCACUUGAUUGCUUUGCUUUAAAUGACUCUGGAAGUGAGGCUAAGCCUGGAUGGAGUAAUACUGAUGAUGGGAGUGUUAUUUAUCUUAUUUCUAAUAAGGUUUUCUCACCUAAUAAGUUAAUCCGCUAUAAUUGGCUUAUUGUUGUUCUGAAUGUUGGAGGCGAAAGUUCAUGUCACGAUCCUAAUAUACUUCAAAUUGAAAGCUUAGAAGAGUUACCAUUGACCAUAUGCCGCUUAAAUAAGAAAUUAAUCGGAAACAAUGCUGUGACUGUGGGUUACACAAUGAAGCCUUCGCGUGUGGAAGAUUUUGCAAAGAGGGGUGCAUUUCCUUUGUCUCCUACUCAACAGGGGUUGAUGUUCGUGCCUCUCACAUCCAAUUUAUCUUUAUCAUCUCAGCUGAAGGAUGUUGACAUAGUUCUCCACAAAGCUACUGAUGAAAUAUUAUCUAUUGAAGAUAAUAAACCAACUUUUACACAGAACAUGCGAGCGUUGCAGAAAUAUUUGGAUCAGCACCAGGAUAUAUGCGUGAUUGAUCCACUGAGUUACGUCUAUCCUUUAUUGGAUAGGCUAGAAAUUCAACAAGUUCUACUGGGCUUGGUAGAACUGAACACUGAAGGUAAAUGUCUCAUCAGAGGGGCCCAUUUUAGUAAGGUUGAUAACUUUGAUGAAUUUGAUUUUGCAACUGGACUAUCUGAAGCUAGAUUGUCUCUUCCAUGCAUAGUGAAACCUAAAGUUGCUUGUGGUGUCAGUGAUGCACAUAAGAUGGCAAUUGUUUUCAGGCUUGAUGAUUUUAAGAAUUUAAGUGUUCCUCUUCCUGCUGUUAUUCAAGAAUAUGUGGAUCAUUCAUCCACUUUGUACAAAUUUUAUGUCUUGGGUGAAAAGAUUUUCUAUGCUGUCAAGAAGUCAAUACCAAAUGCCGAUAUUUUGAUGAAAUCAUCUAGCGGUGAUGAGCUCAAACCUCUUCUGUUUGAUAGCUUAAAAUCUAUGCCCACUGCUGACAGUAUCACAAGUAAUGAGUCUAUUGACCUUAUGUUGGUUACAGAUGCUGCAAAUUGGCUUAGGAGAAGGCUUCAUCUUACCAUUUUUGGUUUUGAUGUUGUGAUUCAGGAAGGUACUCAUGACCAUGUAAUUGUGGAUGUAAACUAUCUCCCAUCAUUUAAAGAAGUUCCUGAUGACAUCGCUAUUCCUGCUUUCUGGGAGGCCAUUAGAAAUAAUUUUGACUGUAGGGUGUCUAAAUAACGAUCUGUCUGAACUUUGUGACUAUUUGACAUGGAAUAAUGUCAAUGAUUGCAUCAGACCAUGGAUUAGGCAAUCGAUCCUAUCAAGCUGAAAUGAGUUUGAAUAACUCGUUAUUGCUUGUUUGAA